AUGUCUGAAUCAAUCAGCACUAAAGAAGACAGAGAUCGAGGAUCCUCGCUCGAUGUGUCGAGGAUUCAAACUGCCGGUGAAAAUGAUGAAUACAUAAUCAUCGGUAACCAGAAAUUUCACCGUUAUGAGUUGAUGGCUGCAUUUGGUGGUACAAUGAACCCAGGUUUGUCGCCUCCUCCUAAACACAAGUUCGCCAACCCUGCUCCCAUUGGUCUCUCCGCUUUCGGAAUGACGACGUUUUGCAUGUCGCUUUACAAUGCUCAAGCGAUGGGUGUCACCAUUCCCAAUGUCGUAGUCAUUAUGGGCGCUUUCUAUGGUGGCGCUGCUCAGUUUUUGGCUGGUGUUUGGGAUUUAUGCGUUGGUAACACCUUUGGUGGUACCGCAUUUUGCUCCUUUGGUGCCUACUGGAUGGCGUAUAUGGCUAUGCAUGUAAAGGCGUUCAACGUUAUUGAUGCCUACGUUUUCGAGGAUGGCACUCCCGACACUCGCCAGUUCCACAAUGCCCAUGGAUUCUUUUUGGUUGCUUGGGCUUUGUAUAGUUUCAUGUUGUGCUCUCUUACCUUAAAGUCAACUGUGGCGUUCUGUGUGAUGUUCAUUUGUCUCACAGUGACAUUCAUUUUACUUGCCAUUGGUGAAUUUACUGACAAGGUCGGUGUUACUAGGGCUGGAGGCGUCGUCGGUCUUGUGACAGCUUUCUUGGGUUGGUAUAACGCUUGGGCUGGUGUGGUUACUAAGACUAACGCCUACUUCACCUUUUACUCCAUCCCUCUCGACCGCUCUUGA